AAGUCUAAAAUUUAGUAAAAAGGCACCCUCAUUUGCCAAUUGAUGAGUUAAUUAAGUACUAGUUCACCUCUCUCUCUCUCUCUCUCUCUCUCCCCUCUGGUGGCCAGCACGCGUCUCUUCUUUCUUGUUUAUUUACAUGGUGAGCAUCGAUGAGGUAGAUGCUCUGCGUGUUUGUCUAUAUACAGCCAUGAAUAGACGUGAAUUUUGACCUUGUCAAAUAUUUGCUGAGAUUGUGGUGUUACCUGUGGCAACUAGGGGCAAGAAUAUUGCACGGGAAGUGCAUUGUAGAGAAAUAUGGAUUUGCAGGGUAAUGUUCAGAGAGAAUACGGAAGAUUUGAACAAAUAGUUUCGCAUUUCCUAUCGAAAAGCUUGCAUAUUAUAUUAGACUCUAGGGUUCCUUCAAUUUUUCCAAAUGGUCACAAUCCGUUGUUGGGCACUCCGGUGAAGAAGAGCGAUAAAUGGUUCACCUUAAUACUCGGAGAUGGUCCUGCUUGUUUGGAGAAUUUGAGUUUGUGGCACAGAAAUUUGACAGAACCAAUGAUAAUCGACAUAGUACUUGUUCAAGAAGUGCCUGAUUCUUCAUCUGAUCACAACCCAACCAUAACGUUUGGAAUGGGAAUGUAUGUUGAGACACUAAUAGAAAGAUGGGUUGUUCGGUAUGAGGAUAGCAGGACAGUGUUUCCUUGUGUUGUGGAAUCUUCGUCUUCUUACAAGAAAACAUACAAGAAGUCAAUCAUACUUUUGCGUUCCCUUUAUUCAUUGAUGAGGCUCCUACCAGCAUGUCGACCCUUCCAGAAGCUGUGUUCAUCAACUCGAGCUUCAGAUUUUGAUAUCAGUUACAAGGUUUCUUCAUUUACUGCUCCAUUUUCGAGGGAAGAGUUGGAAGUGAUGAAGAUAUAUCAGUUUACCCCAGUAGAUGCACCAGAAGGUCGCCUUUUCAUAUCCUUGACUUAUCGUGAUGAUCUGUCUUGUUUCAACUUCGACACUUCUAUUGCAUAUCCACCACAAAUUAUUACAGAUUAUUUUGCAUGAGUAGAAUUUUGGAGAGAGCGAGAGAGAGUGUGUGUGUGUGCGACUGAAAGAAAUUUGGUUUUGUGUCUGGAACAGAUGGAUAACCACAACGGUUUUUGUUCCUUUGAACUGUUAUGGUUUAUUCUCGUUUCCUCAUUUGAUUCGCGGUAUGUUGAGUUUAAAAGCAAAUUUAUGGUCUGUAGAAGAUGAUUAAUAUCUCCACGAUCUGUUUUUAUUUUUUAUCGAGCCCAAAAUACUUUUGCUCUUUUA